AUGGCGGGAAGGAGCCUGGAUUUCAUUAAUGUGCUGACAUUUGACUUUCGCGGCCCCUCGGAAACUGUCACGGGACAUCACAGCCCCUUGUUCCAGGGAUCCCAAGAUACUGGAGACAAAGUCAACUCUAAUACUGACUAUGCUAUGAAGUACUGGAGGGACCAGGGAGCACCUACACAUAAGCUCAACUUGGGCAUAGCAUCGUAUGGGCGAGUUUAUACGGUUGCCUCUCAAUGCAGUGCUGUUGGAGCACCAGUCACUGGUCCCGGUACAGAAGGCACCUACACCCAAAUGGAAGGACUGCUGGCCUACUAUGAGAUUUGCCCUCAUCUUGACGGGAUUCAAGUCCAGCUGAUUCCUGAUCAAAAAGUUCCAUAUGCUGUCAUAAAUAAUAAUCAGUGGGUUGGAUUUGAUAACAGAGACAGCAUUGGAACAAAGGUCAGUUACCUAACUACAAAUCACUUUGGAGGAGCCUUCGUCAUGUCGCUGGACCUGGAUGACUUUAGUGGACAUUUCUGUAAACAGGGCAAAUAUCCCCUCAUCAGCCACCUGCAUGAUCUCCUUGUUCCAGAUUUUCCACACUAUACCACAACCACAACCACAACCACCACAACAACUUCCACAGUUGAUCCUGACAAUUUCUGCAGUGGAAGGGCAGAUGGGCUUCACGCCAACCCGAAUGACCGAAACUCUUUUUACAACUGUGCCAACGGGAGAACGUACAUCCAACACUGCGCCGCACAUCUCGUCUUCAACCCAACUUGCCUCUGCUGUGACUACCCCUAAAGAGUUGCACAUUUGUCAUUUUAAUUUACAUAAGCGGUAAUAUUGAUUCUUACCAAUAAAGGUGGGGCACUGUCUAAAGGUAUUACAUGUAUCAUUUCUUAGGAUUCUUCACUGUUGUUUUGUGAGGAAAAGUACUGAAUAAUGGUUUUUGCUUGCUCUUAUUAGGCCUCAUUCAUCUACUUGUAAAUUUGAAAAUACCAUUUACACAUGUCAGCAUUAACAUUUUCAGAUGACACCAUCAACAUUAUCAGAUGGCCACAAACUCUCCAUUGUUAAAGAGAUAUAAUCCCAUCC